GCCCCGGUGUUUCCCUGCUUGUGAAGAUACGGGCUGCCAGGAUAGGAGAGAAAAGGAGGUUUUGUCAUUCAUGACGAAACUUAAGAGCUAUCUUCGAGUAAGACGACUUUAAUUAACAGCAAUGCCGUGCCGUGACCGAUGUCCUCCCCGACGCAAUGGUAUAUCCAAAUGUCCCGAGGACCAUCCAUCACGGAGUCUGAUACGUCAAAUCCAUCAUCUGGGCUUUCACUUCACGUCCUGCUUUGCUGGGGUUUUCGUCGCUGACGGAAUAGUGUUUUUUAGGGUUAGGGUUAGAUGGAAUAGUGUGACCAGUUACAAGAGAGAGAAGCGACCACUGCGACCCCACUGUCAACCACGUCUGAGAACAUGCUAGGGGUGAUAAGGCCAAACUUCAAGCUUCAUGAACCCAAAAAGGUGGCGGACGUGUAAACUCCUAUCUGAGUUCACAGGCGAUACUUUCUUGGUGCGUUGCGCU